UGUCAAUAAUGAUUGUGUGUAGUUAUAAAAUAUCAAUAUAUAAUACUGUAUUUUAAAUUACAGUUAUGAAGCAAAUAUAUCAGUGUCUCCAAUACAUCAGAUUCUUUUCUGUUGUUUUUAAACUAUUCUGUGGGUGGAACAGUUAACCAAACUGUAGUUUGUCACCACAACUGAAUUGGUUUACCAGGUAAGGGACAUGAGGUUAUUUAUGGAAAAGAGGUUUCUAACCCACUCAGGACUGUAUGUUUGCAUAUUACUAAUGAUGGAUACCUUGAGUUGCUGUUUUUUUCCCCCAUUACAGUAUGUGUGUGCACUUGUACUCAAUUGUGAAGGUGUAAAGUAUAGAUAAAUGUGCAGAAGACUGGUCCAAAAGGGCAUUGUUGAACUAAAGGACUGUAUUAGAGGUCAGAAACUGUACUUGAAGAACAGUUCUGCCUUAGGUUAGACUGUGAGAGGUAAUCAGGUGAUACUCCUCAAAGGUGGAUAGUAUGCGAGCUGCAGUUUUCUCCGACAGAAUUACAGUACAGUCUUCUUCUUUUUUUCUAUCAAUACUAAAAUGGUAAAUGGGAAAAAAAGUGUUGCUUAAUUCAUCUGUCUUAUGUGAUUUUUAUUUCCAGUGUUUAUCCACAAGAACUUCUGAAAAAGAUGGCUUACAUUAACCUCAAAGAAAUAACCUUAAUAGUAGGUGUGGUUACUGCCUGUUAUUGGAACAGCCUCUUCUGUGGAUUCGUUUUUGAUGAUGUUUCAGCGAUCCUGGAUAAUAAAGACUUACAUCCAUCUACGCCCCUAAAAACAUUAUUUCAGAAUGAUUUCUGGGGAACUCCUAUGUCUGAGGAAAGAAGUCACAAGUCUUACCGUCCCUUAACAGUGUUGACAUUUCGCUUAAAUUACCUGUUUAGUGAGCUCAAACCAAUGUCAUAUCAUCUCCUAAAUAUGAUUUUUCAUGCUAUUGUUAGUGUGAUAUUCCUGAAAGUCUGCAAGCUUUUUCUGGACAACCGGAGUAGUGUGAUUGCUGCUCUGCUUUUUACAGUGCACCCAAUACACACAGAAGCAGUAACAGGCGUUGUGGGAAGAGCAGAACUUUUGUCAUCUAUCUUUUUUCUAGCUGCAUUUUUGUCAUACACCAAAUCAAAAGGACCAGACAACUCCAUAGUGUGGACUCCUAUUGCAUUGACAGUGUUUUUAGUGGCUGUUGCAACACUGUGUAAAGAACAAGGAAUAACAGUGGUGGGGAUUUGCUGUGUGUAUGAAGUGUUUAUCGCCCAGGGGUAUACUUUGCCAUUAUUGUGUACUACUGCUGGCCAGUUUCUCCGAGGAAAGAGUAGCAUUCCGCUGUCUAUGCUGCAGACACUAAUCAAACUCAUUGUCCUGAUGUUCAGUACAUUGUUACUUGUUGUGGUUCGAGUCCAGGUUAUUCAGUCCCAACUUCCAGUAUUCACAAGGUUUGACAACCCAGCUGCUGUAAGCCCAACUCCUACAAGGCAGCUAACUUUUAACUACCUCCUUCCUGUGAAUGCUUGGCUUCUGUUAAAUCCUUCAGAGCUUUGCUGUGAUUGGACAAUGGGGACAAUACCACUGAUAGAGUCAUUCCUGGAUAUUCGAAAUCUUGCCACAUUUGCAUUCUUUUGUCUUCUGGGGACUUUGGGAGUGUUCAGUCUCCGAUACCCUGGUGAUUCUUCUAAGACUGUUUUAAUGGCACUUUCUUUCAUGGCAUUACCAUUUAUUCCUGCAUCGAACCUUUUUUUUCCAGUAGGAUUUGUUGUUGCUGAGCGAGUAUUAUAUGUUCCAAGCAUGGGAUUCUGUAUUUUGGUAGCACAUGGAUGGCAGAAAAUUUCAAACAAAAGUGUAUUUAAAAAGCUUUCCUGGGUUUUUCUGUCCGUGGUGAUACUCACUCAUGCCUUAAAAACCCUUCACAGAAAUUGGGACUGGGAAUCUGAAUAUACAUUGUUUAUGUCAGCCUUGAAGGUAAAUAAAAAUAAUGCCAAAUUAUGGAAUAAUGUAGGUCAUGCUCUGGAAAAUGAAAAGAACUUUGAGAGAGCUUUGAAAUUCUUCUUGCAGGCCACCCAUGUUCAACCAGAUGAUAUUGGUGCCCACAUGAAUGUAGGAAGAACUUACAAAAAUUUAAAUAGAACCAAAGAAGCUGAGGAAUCAUACAUGACAGCUAAGUCACUGAUGCCUCAAAUAAUUCCUGGUAAAAAAUAUGCAGCCAGAAUUGCCCCUAAUCACCUGAAUGUGUACAUCAAUCUGGCCAACCUGAUCAGAGCAAAUGAGUCCCGACUGGAGGAAGCAGAUCAGCUCUACCGACAGGCCAUCAGCAUGAGACCCGACUUCAAGCAGGCCUACGUGAGCAGAGGAGAGCUGCUUUUAAAAAUGAAUAAACCGCUGAAAGCAAAGGAAGCAUACCUUAAAGCACUGGAACUGGACAGAAACAAUGCAGAUCUCUGGUACAACCUGGCAAUUGUAUAUAUUGAGCUUAAAGAACCGAAUGAAGCUCUAAAAAACUUUAAUCAUGCCUUAGAACUCAAUCCAAAACAUAAGCUAGCAUUAUUCAACUCUGCUAUUUUAAUGCAAGAAUCAGGUGAAGUUAAACUCAGACCUGAAGCUAGGAAACGACUUCUGAGCUACAUAACUGAAGAGCCACAAGAUGCUAAUGGGUAUUUCAAUUUGGGAAUGCUUGCCAUGGAUGACAAAAAGGACACUGAAGCAGAGACUUGGAUGAAGAAAGCCAUAAAGUUACAAGCCGACUUCAGAAGUGCUUUAUUCAAUCUGGCUCUCCUGUACUCUCAGACUGCAAAGGAAUUACAAGCUUUGCCAGUUCUGGAAGAUUUACUGCGAUACUAUCCUGAUCAUAUCAAGGGUCUCAUUUUGAAAGGAGACAUUCUGAUGAAUCAAAAGAAAGAUAUACUUGGGGCAAAAAAAUGUUUUGAGAAGAUUUUGGAGAUGGAUCCAACUAAUGUACAAGGAAAGCACAAUCUUUGCGUUGUAUAUUUUGAAGAGAAGGACCUACUGAAGGCUGAAAGAUGCCUGGUGGAAACGUUGGCCUUAGCACCACAUGAAGAAUAUAUUCAGCGCCAUCUGAGUAUAGUCAGGGAGAAAAUAUCCUCAUCUGGUUUUACAGAACAACCAGUAACUGGUAAGGUGUCAGAUACAGUAGAAGGAGAUAAAAUUCCACCUGAAAAUGUGAAGAAAAUCAAUUCCGAUUCCAAACCAACACAGAUAGGAAAAAAAAGUGAUAGCAAAAGUCAGUCUAAAUCAAAUAAACAAUUAGGAAAAAUUGUGGAGAAAGAGAUGCCCCAAAAGCCAACAAAAGAUAUCAAAGAAAUUGAGAAGAAAAGAGUGGCUGCUCUAAAAAGACUAGAAGAAAUUGAACGGAUUUUGAAUGGAGAAUAAACGUUGUUCCCAUGUGGCAGUGAUGUCGGAGAACUGUAAACGUCGGGAUUGCGUUUCUGGGAGUUCUGAAAAACAUCAAGGAUACAUAACAGUCUGUCAUGAGCUGCCUCUUUGUAGCCUCAAGAUAAAAUUUUUGUUAAAGGCCUUCCUACCCCAGGAAAUAUAUUAAGAUAAGGCAGAAAUUUUCAAAGUUUUGGUGAAUGUAGCAGAAAUACUGUUACAGGUGGAAAAUCUGUAUAUUUUAUUAUAGAAGAAUGUUUUUCCUUACCAAAUAUUCCUUACUACUGUAAAAAAUAAUUUCAUGUCUGAAUGAUAAUCCUUGAUGGCAAAUCUAACGUGUACUGUCUUAUUCUAUGAAUUCCCUGCUAAUCUACAUCAUUUUUCCCUUACCUCCUGAGAUUUCUCUGACUUUGGAUUCAAAACACUAAACAUGUUUUUUUUCUUCAGUAUUUCCUUUUAAACCAGAGAUUUAGCACUAUGGAAAAAUUCUAGCUUUCUUUAUAUUGUGUUCUUUCAUUGACUUCUACAAGGAAUGCUGGAUGAAACAUUUUGAAAGAAAUCAUGUGAUACGUUAGCUUAAAAAUAUGUUUUCAUAACUUCAUGCUGCAUCUUUGCUCUGAAAUGCAAUUUUUGACCAGGUAACAUUUACACAUAUACACACACACACGUAGUUACACAUUUCUAAUGGUGCUCAUUUAUUAUUAUUAUUUUUUAACACGUUGGAAGUGUCACAUGAACCACAUAAUCAUGACUUUAUUUUUUUGGCUUUUGCUGUCCAAACUAUGCAUGUUUCUUAGAGCCAUCCUAUUGAGAAGUCCUUUUAACUCUUUUAAUUUAUAACAUAGUAAAUUUCUGUUUCAUCUGACUAUUAGUUCUCGCAUUGUAUUUGAGUUUAAUUUUAUCUUUGCAGAAUCACACUUUAAUUCCUCUUAUAUACUUUAAGCCACUAAAUUCAUUUCUGUUUAACAAAAGGUAAAAUAAUGUGAAAAAUUUAUUUUUAAAAAAUUUAAUUCAUGGAGUAUUGCUAUGGAAUGUAUUUUAUGAAAUAUUUAUUUUGACUACUGAGCUUUCAUAAAAAGUUUAAGCUAUUUUAAUUCCAUCAGUGUGGAAGGCAAAUUGCUAUUACAUUUUCCUAUGUGUGUAUCAUUUUUCACUUUAAGUCCAAUUUAAAGAUAAUUAGCCUCCUAUAGGAUUAGUAAAUUUUUCAGUUGGUUCUGGUGAAUCUAAAGUUGAAUGAUAUAAUAAGUUGAAAAGUAGAUACAGCUUGAAUUUGUAGCUUAAAUUUGGUUUUUUUCUUGAGUUGGAAUACAUUUUAAAUGAAUUUUGUAAUACUAAACUUGGUUUUAAUUCAAGCUAUAAAAUUCCAGUAUCACUCUGGGAUUAUACCUAAUUUCUAGCUACAUAAUAAUUCAGAAACUGUAUUUCUCUUAUUCCUUUGAGAUAACUAACUUCUAAUUAUGUAUGUUUCAAAAAUCCUGUUCCUGCAGUUUUUUUAAGAAGUGUUUUAUAAAUAGGUCAAAAGAAACAUGGUCUGUAUUAAAGACCCAUUGUUACUAGGUUCCCUGAGGAUCUGUCAUAGAUUUUUAGGCAAUUUAAAACAAGCACUGAUACCAGUGGGAGUUCAUCCUUAGCCCAGGAGAUUCUGUUAAACAUCAAAGCAAUACCUAAUUUCAAUUAUUAAUUAUGGUUUUUAUGACUCUAUAUAAAGUUGAGAAUACCUCAUACAGUAUAACUUGAAAAAUGAAACUGUUCCUUAUGAGUUUUAUAUAUGUGUUGAGAGUGAUCUUCUUUGCUGUACUCCAGAGGACCAGGUAGAAAAGUACAAAGUGAUCUGUAAAGACAACAGACCAAAAUGAAAGUUCAAGUCAUAUUUUAAUGGAGUGAUAUGAGUAUUCCAUGAUAAGAGUUAUGUAUUAGUGUUAUCCAGUGAUUUUUCUAAGAAGAAAAAUUAUCUUAGCAGUUGAAAUAGUGCCUGUCACUUUUGAAAUGCUCUUACAUCUUAUUAAAUGAUUUAUUUAAAUUAAAGCUGUUCUGAAUAAUCAAUAGCUUAAUAUUGAUAGUGAGUCAGUGAUUCUUAAUUCAUUCCAUUACCAGAAUUCUGAUGAGGGAUCCCUUUAGUAUGCACACUGUCGCAUUUAAAAAAAAAUCUGAAUUUCUGGUAUAUGGAGCCAUGCUUUGUUUUUUCUAAAAGGUUUAUGAGAAGUUCUAAUUUGAAGUCAUAGUUGAGGGGAAUGGGAUACACUAAUUCUAAAAAACAAAAAUCCUUUUAUCUUUUCUGUUAUCGUUUUAAAUUUAAAAUAGAAUCCAGGUGAGUUUUGUUGGUUUAAUAUUUUACUAAGAAAUAAUCUCACAAUUAAUGUUCUUUGGAAUUUGAGAUCUUAGGUUCCAUCAAUCCAGUAGCUAUUAUUGCUAUAACUGUAAAUUCAAAAUAAAAAUUUUAUUCAAACUGUUAAGUAAAAACAACAUUCUUUUCCCCUCUGUGGGGCUGCCUUUUUGAAGACAUGAGGUAGAAGACCUAUAGGUCACUAAUCUGUGGCGAGGAGUUGUGAGCAAAUAUAAGUUUGGAACAGACUUAAUUCAUGUAUGCUGGAGACUGAAUGGGUACUGUUUACUUGUAAAAUGUCAAGAGUACAAGAAAAGCUUUGACAAUCUCCAAGGGGCACUGGUAUGUUACUCCCUCAAUGCUUCUCAGAAGGUGCAAUUUAAGUUUCUGAAAUUGCUCUUAUGUUUAUUAUUAUUGACAUUCAAAAGUAUAAACUGUGGUAAUUAUUCCAGUGAGUCAUUUUCUGGAGUUGUUGACUGGGAGAAUUAAAAAUAUGUAUUUUGUUAUUUUCUGUUUACUUUUAUGUAAAUAUUUUGUAUGUGAAUUGCACAACUCUAAUAAACCUCAUCCCUUCCAUUCCAUCUGAUUUGAACUCCAUGUUAUAGAAUCUAAAGAUGCUCUAAUGAAAAAUACUAAGACUAUAGAUUUUUAUGUCAAUUUAUACUUUACAAAUGCAUAUAUUUGUCAUAUUUAUUUUUUAAAACCUCAUAAUUGCAUAACUAAAAGAUUUUAAAAUAAAUGCCCCAAAAUCUGUGGUACUUUUGUCCAAAAGCUUACCUGUUGGAAGCUGUCAGCCAUUUGUGUUAAGGGUUCAUAAGAGAAUGGUUUAAAAUUGUAUGCAUUUUACAUUAUAUAAUGUCUGUUUUUAAAUAUUCAGUAUUAAACCGGUACUUUUCAAGCUCUGACUUGCUUUUUAGUUUAAAAAAAAUACAAAUGCCUGGCAUAUAGUGUUAGCAAUUAUCUGUGAAAGGUGUACAUUUCUAUUAGUUCCUUGUGAUGUGUUUUCAGUUAUGAAUGACAAACUAAGAAAAUGUUCUCAUCUCCCUGAAUUCAAAUCCCAAUAUCAACUAUGGUGUGACCUAAGGAAGUUUUUUUAAAGCUACACGGCCUGAAUCAUCAUCUACAAGUUGUAGAAAACACUUUUCUGGUAAAGUUCCUAAGAGAAUCCGUAUAUUGUUUAUUACUUAAAUUGCUAGAAAUUGUUUAGAGCAAUCCUUAUUGUAAAUAAGUUAUUUACUGAUAGCAUAAGGUUAAGUUCUUACACAGGAUGCGUAUGAUUUGACUUAUUCAUGUGCUGACAUAAUGUCAGUAAUGAUGAAAGAGCAGAUGAUUCAAAAUUUAUUGUCAGUGCUUGCUUCUUAGCUGUCUAUGCCAACAGGCAUGUUCAUAGAAUAAAAUAUGAGAGGUUCUCAAAAUGUUCAUAUAAAAUACAUAUUUUUAAAGGAAUCUUCAUGAAUUUCAAAAAUUUUUUGGCCAAAAUGUAAUAGUAGACCUUGCAAGUUUCCGAUGUGAUUCCUUGCACUAAUAUGGUCUUCCUUGAGAUGCUUGACAGGAGGCUGUACGUGAAAGAGCACAUUAGGCAGUACUGCUUUAAUAACAGCAAAGCCCGGAACCCCAGAGUUCAUUUUCAUUUCAUGAGGAUCACAUGAAGAUCAUUUGGAGAGUCAGUGGCCUGGAUUUACAUGAGGACAGACAGAAGGGUAAGGUA